ACGUUAAGAACAACUAUGAGAAAAUGGCGACUAUGUAGAUUAUAUGUAUGCGAGAACUGUUGUGUUGACCCAUUAAGCAUUCUGUUCUGGAUAGUAUCUUUUUUACGUUCGAUAACGUCUAUCUAAUAGCGCAGGCGUUACGUUAUUUUAAUAACCGUCUAAACGUCCGUAGAGCAUCACAUCAGACUGAAGUUUCUAUAGCUGUAUCGUAACGAUUGUUUGCUAGCAGGUAGCGGUUAGUUUAGAAACAUGAAGUUAACCCAAACAUACAACUAAGGUAAAGUUAUUGCAUGUCAUGAAAGAGCAGAUAGAGCUAAACUAUUAACCUAGCGACAGUGUUGUUGGUCAACGUUUGACCAACAACUACCAGUUUUCAUGCUUUUUAUUUGAGCCAAGCGGACUAUCGCAUUUAAAAGUAUGGCUCUGCACAACCUAGUGUUUGUUAUUGAUGUUGAUUAUGAAGAUUACGAGUCAGACCAUCGACUGGAGGUCAGAAACAAUUUCGUGAAACGGGGAAUAUUAUAUAUCCUGUUGCAUUACGGUUAUAAAUAUGGGUUUGAGAAAGUUCGUUGGGGUUAUAAAUUUUACCAGGCAAGAGCUGGUCGUAAUGCCAGCAUCAUAUCGAGAGGAUCCGACUUCAAGGAGCUGCGACACAAAACAUUUGAGGACUUUGAACAAGAGUUUGAAGCGAGAUUUGACGCAAAGGAUAAAGUUUGUCCUUCUCAACAGAAGCAACAGUCUAGUAAAUUAGUUUCAGUUCAAAACGCUUUCAGGGAAACUCUGUUGGACUUCCAGUGGGACAGACCAGACAUCACUUCUCCAACUAAACUUUCCUUGAGGCCCAGGAAGUCGAGUCGUGCUGGAAAGCUCGGGUUGUCUCAAGAAAAUGACUCUUUAAGCAGUGGGAGAAAUGUUGUGUUUGUGGUCUCACGGUGUCCCCGUUCAAGGGCGCAUCUUCUGGACUUCCUGUCUGUAAAAGAUGAUGACCUUCCAGCAGAUGUGACCGAGUAUAUCUUGCCGAAGAGUCUUAACGACAUGCUUGUUCAGCAACAAGUUGUUCUUCACUGGAUUGACACUCGAUCACAUUUUGAGGUUAUGAGCUGUGAGGAUCGUUUUGGUUCUGACAAGCUAUCCGCAGUUCUAGCUCAGGUGGGUGGCAGAGUGAUCCCCGUGGUUGCUCUGUUGUUCAACCUCUGCUGCGAUCACAAAUCAGACUCUGGUUUCAGGAGAGAAACCUUCCUUAUUAACUCCAGCAUCGGAUACCUCCUGUCAUCUGAAAGGCUGUACCGCCUGGCUUUUCCUGCAGUAGCUGGUGUUCUGCGAUGGGAUCAUGGAAAUGCAGCUCAUAACUGCCAUGUGGUGGUGGAGCCGGUGUCCCGAGGUCAGAGGCUUCUGCACGAGUCUAUAGAGGUGAACCUAAAGGGAGCUCUGCAGGGCUGGGAUGCUUCAAUGCUGACACAAACCUUCACAGAGUCAUGGGUGCUUCAGAUCUGCGAUAGCAGUAACCACGAAGCUGCUGCCUUCUUGCAUCUCUUCAGACAACUGUCUGCUCUUUCACUGCACAUGCUUGCUGAAGUCAAUCAUAAUGGGUUGUGGUGUCCAGGUGUCUUCUCCCCGCUGUCACAGUCCACAGCUCUACUCACCAUUCUCCAGCCAAUAAUCUUUGAGCAUGACCAGCUACUGAAGACAAAUAUUAUAGCCCCUGUCACAGCUGAAACCUCUGCUGAUCUGCCAGAUGUGGUGGAUAGUGUUCUGAGCGUCAUUUAUGACAUCAUGAACGAGGACGGUGAUGGGACCGACGAUGCCCCUGCGCCUGAGUGGGCUCUGCAGGAACUCGGCUACAGGCCACAAACAACAAACAUGUUGGAGGCUUGGUUCCCACAGUCGGAUCAGUCAGGAGUAAGCGCCAAUUUAAUGGAGUCAAUAAGAUUGCUUCAUGCAGUACCAGAUCAAGGUACAGAUGAGGAUCUUUCUGAGGCUCAGCAGGAUCUAGUCAGCGGUCUGUCUGAACUGUACCAGGGGUCCCAGGAGUCGGUCAGCAAAAGGGGCAAGAAACGAGGUGCCCACUGUACACCUGUGAAGCAGAAAAUGAAGACAAUGAGUCGCUCGUUGCAAAUGCUAAAUGUGGCACGUCUGAAUGUCAAAGCCCAGAAGACUGAGACUGAGCCGGUGGGGAGUGAGGGCCGGGGGGCCGACAGACCAGGGAGGAGACGACUGAGUGACAGGAACAAACCUGGAGGAGCAAGCACCCUCAGUUUCUCUAGUGAGAAAGAGCUGCUGUGCCAUCUGAAGGUCAGUUAUGACAAGACCCUAGAAGAGAAGGACUCGUCAUUACUUACAAGCAUUCAACAGCUUCUGAAUGCUGUAAAAAUGUUUCUAGUUGCUGAAUCAGACUGGGAGGAAAAAGCCUCUUUACUUGUCCAACAGCACCUGAUGAAGAGCAGCAAAUCAGUCCGUCAGCUUUACGGAGGGGCUCAUGAUGCUGCCAACAAAGUCAGGGAGUGCCAACUGCAAGUGAUGCUGAGGCUGGAGCUCUGCAGACGUUUCUCUUCAAAACAGUCUUACUCAUUGGAUGCAGAUCAGAUGGCAGAGGAGGCAGCUGAAAUGCUGAGGAUAAUCUCAUUAACAACAGACCCAGUGUGCCUAGCAAGGUUCCUUCAAGAUGAAGUCCUCCCAGGGUUCCUGACGGCUGUUCCCAAAGUGCUUGCAGACAUCUACAACAGUCUGGGCACUCAGCUUCCUGAUGCUUUAGUGGCGGUUCUGCCUGCUGACUUCUUCAGUGAUGACUCUGUUGCCAAGGACAGCAUUUCUCCUUCCGCCUCCUUACCUCCCAUCUCAACACAGAGCCUCAUUUCAGAGGAUGGUCUAUUCGACCUGCGAACUCGCUCAGCCAACAAGAGGAGGAGUGGGAUGUUGACUCGACAUCGCAGUAUGACUGAAUCCACACAGAGUCUUCGUCAAAUACAGCUGCCCAAAAAGGUCACAAGAACAUCCAAAAUGAAGACCUCUACUGCUUUGGAGAAACAUGUAGAAAUACAGCAACCUCAGAAACAACAAGCACAAGAGGUGACCAAAGUCAGAAGAAACCUCUUCAACCAAGAGAUAGUUUCCCCAUCAAAGAAAAGAAAACUACCAAGGAGCCAGUCUGUAUCUGCUGUGGAAGGAAUGAAAGGCAAACGUUUUUCUGAAUCUGAAGAAAAACACAAACUUCUCACAAAGAAGGUGUGUGAGACACCUCUCCACAAGCAGGUGUCCAGUCGCCUAUUACAACGGCAGAAAAUAGGAAGGAAAUCUGACCUUACCGAGGAGUGCAUAGUAGAAGAAUCACCAAUAAAACCAGCCGAAGACCUGAGAAGGAGCCCAAGAAUAAAGAAGUUCUCUAGAAGACACUCAAGCACCUUCUACUCAAGUUCUCAGCCUCGCUCCAGGAACCUGGAGAGAGCUCUUUCUUCAUCUCAGCUUACACUCAGCGACAGCAAAAUCUGUGGCAUUAAUGUGAAAACGGUCCAGUCUCCCAUGCGUCUUCUCUUCGGGGCUGCAGAUUCUCCCAUAUGUUCCAGCAACCAGUCUGGUGAAACCCGCACCACCAGGUCCCGGUUGUCCACAGACUCCAGUGUUUUUGAGAGCCCAAACAAAACACCAUCAAAGUCACCCAUCAGACGUGGAAGGAAUUUAUCUCCUAAGAUGCCCAGGACCCCUCAAACCCCAAGGACUCUGGUAUCGUCUAAAAUGCACAUUUCUAUGGUUGCAGAGAGCCCCGAAGCAGCUGCUUCUGGACUUGGUACAGCUGUUGAGUCCAGCCCUUUGAAAUCUCCAGGCAAAGAGCCUCAUGUAACAACGCCAAGUAAGCAAAGUCCUUUAAAGGGUAUUCUUAGGACUCCAGUCAAAGCUCCUGGAUUAUGUAAACUUAGCAGUCCAUUGUCCAAGAAGAGUGUCACAUGGUCUCCCUCUCCUCAGAAAUGUACAGCGGAGGAGAACUAUGCAACUUUUAAAGUACCUAAGUCACCAAGCACAGCUUCUCACAUCUCUAUGAGACAAAUGAAAACUCCCAGCAAGCUCUGCAGUCCAGACCAAAGCACCAAUGAUAAGACAAGCAUGUUUAAGACCCCAGAUAAGAUCUGCAAUGUAAGCCUAGUACGGAUAUCUGAACAUUAUUUAUUGACUCCAGAAAAAAAUCUGACGCCUUCGAUUUGCAACACAGCUAAAAAAGUUGAUGCAGUUCAUCUGGAAACGACUCCUCCACUACGCUCAGCAUCCUCAACCCAACAUAUCUCACCUCAGCACAAAACCAGAACUCUAGUGAAGACACCUAGUCCUACUCACCAAAUGGUUACUCGCUCUGGACGAACCCCGAGGAAAGGGUCAGACACGGUAUCCCCCCUUAAAGCAACAUUUACACCACCAGAGGGUGAUAGAUGUUCAACAGCUUCUGUACCUUCACUUAGAACAGAGGAGCAGACUGAAACAUUACAGUCUUCUGAAACCGAUUCCAGCCUCCAGGCUGAAUCACAGGAAUGUGAGUCUUCUCAUGGUAAUUCUGCGACCACAGAUGACGACAGUUUGAAUAUUGUCGAUGCUGCAGUUGUAAAGACUCAGUUCAACCAAGGUAUAAAAAUGAGUAUUAGCUUCUCAAGGAAGUCUUCUGUGUCUAGUCCAGACUGUCUCGUAAGAACAGCUUCCCCAAAACAACCUUUGCCGCUCCAAAACACACCCAGCCGGAGUUAUGGCUUCCGACAAACCCCCGACCGCCAGCAGAGGGAGGCUGCUGCCCGUUUAGGAUACGGAAAUGAUUCCCCUCGAUUUUCAACCCCCAGAGGCUUGGCAAGAUCCAACAGUAAGAAAGGCUCAAAUACUCCAAACACUCUUACCUACCAAGUCGAACUGGAAAUGCAGAAAUCUGGGCUUCCAAAACUCAAAAUAAAACGAACAGAUUCCAUGAAUGCAGAUGACUUUUCUUCUGGUGGCGCUCCUCAACCCGGAGCACAGAGCCCUUUAGUCGGCACAAAACCUCACAUGGAAAGCGCCUUGGCUCUGAUGUCUAAACACAAAGAUCCUUCCUGCUACUCUCCGUCUCUUUGCGCUCAUAUCACUCCAGCCAAAUGUACUCCUGGGAAAGGCGGUGGUGUCCAAACUUACAUCUGUCAGUCCUACACGCCUACACGCCAUUCUACAGCAACCCCUUCUCCAAAUGCGGUGGCAGUGGCAGACAUUAUUCCUCUCACUCCUUCACCUCAGAGUGUGGGCAAAGUGACUCCAGACAACCUGAACAGCUGGCCUCGCAGGAAGAGGCCUCAGCUCGGUGUGUUUGGAGGCAAGGAUCGAGUGCUGAGGGGGGAGCCUCGGCUGGAGGAGCUCCUGGAGGAGGCUGAGCUUGGAGUUAGUCGCUUGGAGGACUUUGAUGACAAUGACGAACCCUCAAGCAGCAAAGCUGGAAAAAUGGCUUUGACUUCUAAACAGGCUCCCCCAGUUGCAGCAAAUGCGUCUCCUCUUUCACCCAUGGAGGACUUGUAUUGGAUGGCCAAGCUGGCUGAAGGGGCAGACUAUGCUGAUUCGGAUAAAACUGCAGAAGUCAUCUGGGCAUCUGAAGCUGGAGAGCUAAUGUCAACAGUAACUCCUCCCAGUCGGAAGGGGAGUAAACCAGUGACACCAAGCGGCAUUUUGGCCCUCACUCAGUCUCCGUUGCUGUUUAAGGGAAAAACGGGUUCUACUCGAAAGAAAACACCUAAUUUCAAAGAUGAAGCUGCAUCAGGGAAAACAGAAUAUGAACCGGACCUCUCCCCUUUCAGCCUUUUCCAGCCAACUAGACGCUCAAACACAGGGAAGACCUACAGCAGGAAGAGACUACUGCAUUGAGGCAAAAUGUUUAAAACGUUGCAGGCAAUCAGCAGUCGGACCGACCGUUCUGUUUCUGACUGGGAAGCUGUGAGCCUUUUGAUAGCACAGUGAAAGGUGUUGGAGCUGCUUUUGUUCAAUCGGAACCAUUUAAGAAUUCAAAGAAUGUUUUAUAUUGAUUUCAAAAGUUGUUUGGAGUAUUUCACUAAACAAAAAUGGCUAUGGAUGUUGUUUUACGUGAAGCAUGGUGCUAAUGUACAUAUGAUUAUAUUUUUUAUCCCACCUAUUUUUACAAUCAAGGCUGAUCCCUCCUCAUCCAUUUAAAUAGUAUUGUUUAUUUAUUAAUUCGCUCUAUUUUUUUUCAACUUUGUCUUUCAGUAAAAGGGAUUUUCUGAAAUCUUGUAAAUUUGUUAAUGUUGAUAAAUUCUUGAAAAUAAACAGUUUUUCUUAA